CCUGGUCAAUGGAAACGGAGCUGAGCGUAAUAACUGUUAUUCGGUGCUGCAAGAUACAUCUGCCGCUAGUGAAGAAUCGAAAAAUGGAGGUUACUAGUGCAGGCUUGAGGAAAAGUGCAUCAUCACCUUGGCCGAUGAUAAUCGUGCUCAAUACGCUACCCCAAGAUUGCGUCGGCGAUUGGCAAUCUAUUCAACCUGAAAUCGAAUCAAAGGCGGCCACGAAAAGAAUAGCGCUCAGACUAAGACCAGGCUUAACAUCGAUUGAGGAAAAGUGGAAUAAAUUCGAUCUGCCACCGUUGGAUCAGUUUAAGCGAAACCGGCUGCAACCAAUAACAUCUAUUGAAAUAGAAUUGGAGAAAGAUUUGAGCCAGUUGAACGACUCAAUGCGAAAUAUUUUUGAUACAACAUUUGAUUUGCCACUCUGCGAGACGAGUCCAACUGAACCACAAAAUAAUGAGCAACAACACCCAUCAACCGACCACCGAUGCUCCCAACCUCUGGUAAAAGCAGAGAGAGAUGCAGAAGGCUGUGAAAAUUUUGAUACGAGCAAUGCGGCCAUACACCCGGGAAAUCGGUUCAAUAUGCCAGUGGCCCGGGAGGUGCUGCCAUCGCAGGAAACCAUAUGCGAGGAGGAUAUAAAUCUAACAAAACCAUUCACGGAGCAACUGUUAGAUGAUAGCGAUGAGGACAUAUUCCUCGAAAUAAAUCGAACACCGGAAACCAUUCAGGCUGCCACUCCUCCCACUCGUUAUGGCUACAGCGGUGUGACAUCAGACACUACUGGUUUGCAUGGUUCCCCGAUAGCCAGAAGCAGUCCAUUCAUUCCAAAUAUGAUGCUGCGAUCACCGUCCAUCUUCGCGAGACUAACUACUGACCUCCAAGUACCGCGGUUGAACCUCCAGCGUUUACGCUUAUCUGGUAAGACCCUGUUCAGUCAAAAGCACUUACUGGAUGAUAUGGAAGAUGCUGGCCCUUCGCACGCACAUCGUCCGGCUUCCGGAAGAAGCAUUGACGACGAUGACGACGACAGUGUCAUCGGGUUACGGCGUCCCGGAAAAGUUCGGCGAAUUGCCGAUACACAGAGCGAUGCCAUCGAACAGCAUGAUGCUGCCAAUGAGCACCGUACAGUUUCGCCUGGCAACCUGAAGAAAAUUGUACGAGAAUUUAUUUGUGCCGAGGCUGAAGCAAGUGACGACUGUGAGAUGGAGACUGAAGAAGAGGAGAGCAACGAGGAGGAUGAUUCGUUCAUCGUGCGGGACAGUCAGAUCGAGGAGGCCAAACCGGUGUCAUACGAACGCGCCAUGUACCUGCGAUCUGUUCGAGAUUUACCACGGGCGGGCGCAUUCUAUUUUCCCGAUCGUCAGCAACGGCCUCCAGCAUUGUCGCCGUGGGCAAGUCCAAUAAGUGACAGCAUAGAUUCACAACAGGACACCUAUGACCAGUCGUUUUUGGAUGAGGACGCAAAGGCUAAUUCGCACCUAUCUGUCCUUGAGCAACUAGAAGCGAAAUUGGAAAAAACGAAAGCUCCUAAACGGACAACUCCUUGCAGUUGGAAAUGAUUUUUUUUCUAAAUUAGGCAAAUACAACACCUAAGACUUCCGCCAAAUAGUCUUCUAACUAUGAAGCAUUCCACCGACAAUCAACACAUCUAGCCAUAUACCUGAUAGUGCUUCCGUGUUUCAAAGGGACAAUGGAAUUGAAUAGUUCAGUUUUAAUACUCAAAAUUUCGUUAUUUAUUUGUAAACGAGUAAAACGCCGUUUGUUUGAAGUACCAUUAAUUAAUUAGAUAAAAUAGGAUGACUCAUGGCGUUUUAACAUAAAGAAAACUUAAAUGAUGGCUUUCCGUGUCUCCAAAGGCUAACGGAAUGGAAAGUUUAACUUGAACUCUAAGUGUCCUUGUUAGGAGUGCCAAUACUAAAUUAAAUAAAAAAGGAUGACUCAGAU